CAGAGACAGAGACAGAGACAGAGACAGAGCCAGAGACAGAGACAGAGACAGAGCCGCUUCUGAGGAUGAAAAUUCCUCAAGUUCAGAUAAGGUCUCCGAGAAGAACCGUGUGUUGGAUAACUAUGAGGGAAAGAUUUCUCAAGUGUUUCUUUUCCCCCUUUUAAGGAUUUUUUUUUUUCUGAGCAACUUGGAGGAAGAUAACUUCCAACCAGCAUGGUUGGUGCUGCUUUUUUAUGCUGCUUUCUAUCGGUGGCCGUUGGAUAUCAAACGCAGGAGAGGCUGCCGUUUUUCCACGGGCAUGUUUUUGAGAAUUCACCGGUGGCGUCAAAAGUAAACGGACUGAGCAUUCCAGUGAGGCGCAUCGACGCGCAAAAAUGGUGCCCAGUCUCCGGGGUGCACUUCAAACUGUACGGGAACGGCAGCGAAGAUUUCCGCGCCUUCGCCCACCUCAUGCGGGGGACCGUAUUAUUGAAAACUUCCAGGGUAUUAGACAGAGAGACUCGGUCAGAAUACCUGCUGACCGUGGCUCUGUGCUGUCACACCUGCAUGCCCAGGUCGACGGUUUACGAGGCUGCGCUGGUGAAAGUGGAUGUUUUGGACACCAACGACCACGAGCCCACUUUUCGCAGUGCAGCCAGCCUUCACAUAACUUUAGACGACACCACUGCUCUCCGUAGCGUUGUGUGCAGGCUGGAGGCUGUUGACGCAGACAGCGGCAAGAACGGAGAGUUGGCGUACAUGUCUGUCCCCAGCAACGGCAGCUUUUACGUUGUCCCCAAAACCGGGGAAGUUUUACUGGUUGACUCCAUCCUAGGUCUCCCCUCCCAAGUUUCAUUCAGUGUUUUUGCCAGAGACCACGGAUGGCCCGCUCUGACGAGUAAAGGUGUAAUAAUCACUAUUGUUCCACAGAGAUGGACUACGCGUUCUGCUCAAUUGCCACGAUCACAGAAGGCAUCGGGGCGGACACCCAGGGCGUUACUUGACCCUGAAGCAGUGUUUUCCUUCAAUGUGUCUGAAGAUGCCAGCGUUGGCUCCGUCAUAAUGAACCUGGGUCCAAGCAGGUUUCAGUCGGCAGCCUAUGAGUUGAUUUAUCCCGAGUCACAAAGCUCUCCUGUCGCCGUGGGGCGCGACAGUGGAGAUGUGACGAUAACCAGGAGGCUGGACAGGGAGACGGAAGCAGACGUGGAGCUCACUGUUAAGAUUCAGGACAAACGAGGCCCAGAUUGGUACCUGAACAAGGUGAAGCUGAGGAUCAUUGAUGUCAAUGACAACGUCCCUGAGUGGAGUAUGAAGCCGUACCCCUAUCUGACAGUGGUGUCCCCCGAGGCCCCGAAAGGAACGUUUGUCUACCAGCUCCAUGCACACGAUGGGGAUGAGGGCGAAGGUGGAGAAGUUGAAUACUUUUUGUUGGAUGGUGGCGACGGCUGUUUUGCAGUGGACAAGAACACAGGCCAGGUGGUGACAACUGGACUGGUGCUUCAGAGGGACAGAGAGUACUUGUUAAGUGUUGUGGCCCUCGAUGGUCUGGGCAGCCGCGGUGCCCCCGCCAUGCUCUCAGUGAUGGCAGGAGCCAGAGCGCCGCAAUUUACCAACACGAGCUACGCCAUCUCUAUACCAGAGAACACACCAGAAGGACAGCCUUUCCUGGUGGUGGCGGCCAUUUCCUUUCAGAAGCAGCCUAUCAGCUACAGCCUGCUCAUCAAUCCAAGUAGCCUUUUCAGUAUCCAGCAGGAGACGGGAGAGAUCAGUUUGACCAGAACGCUGGAUUAUGAGAGUGACCAGCGGCGGUACCUGCUGAUGGUGCGAGCCAGUGAAGGUACCGCCGGCCUCAGCACAGCCACAGAGGUUCAGGUGUUGAUAACAGAUGAGAACGACUGCGUCCCAGAGUUCCUUCAAUCAAUCUACAGUGUGGAUGGAGUCCCUGAGACUGUAACCACGGCAACAUCCCUGCUGCAGGUGUUAGCCACCGACUGUGACUCGGGGCUGAACGCUGAACUCACCUACUACACCCUGAGCCCAGACUUCAGCAUUUCACCACAUGGAACUGUGUUCCCUGCGGGUCGACUGGACUACGAGAGGCCCAAUCAUCUGUAUGAGUUUGUGGUGAUGGCAGUGGACAAUGGCGACGAGCCUCACUCUGGCACUGCCACUGUCCGUGUGAGGAUGGCGAAUGUCAAUGACGAGGCCCCCGAGUUCUCACAGCCUGUAUAUCGAACGUUUGUUUCUGAGGAUGCGGGGCCCAACACCCUUGUUGCUACAGUGCUGGCAAAAGACCCAGAUGGUGAUGGCAUAAUCUACUCCAUAACGGCCGGCAAUGAGGAGGGAAACUUCAUCAUUGACAGCCAGAAAGGCCUGAUCCGCCUUCGCUCCAGUCCUUUACCCAAGCUUCAAGGUCUGGAGUACAUCCUGAAUGUGACGGCUACUGAUGAUAAUGCAUCCGGUGGUCUUCAUCCUCUGUCGUCCACUGCUCGGGUCAUCGUAGGAGUCGACGAUGUUAACAACAACAAACCUGUGUUUGAAGAGUGCCAGCAAUAUCGUGAGCAGGCUGCUGUGCUGGAGAACCAGCCGACGGGGACUUAUGUGUUGCAAGUGCACGCUGUGGAUGCAGAUGAGGGAGCAAAUGGAAAAGUCAAAUAUGGCCUAAUGCACAGAGACAGCACCAUGCCUGCCUUCAGAAUACAUGCAGACACAGGAGUGAUUGUGACAGCCGCACAGUUUGACAGGGAGCGGCAGAGGGAGUAUGCGAUUACAGUAACAGCCACUGAUUGGGCAGAGGAGCCGCUCAUCGGCAUCUGUCAGCUCACCGUCCAAAUACUGGACCAGAAUGAUAACAGCCCCAAGUUUGAGAAUUUGCGGUAUGAGUACUUUCUGAGAGAAGACACUCUGGUUGGAACAAGUUUUCUACGUGUGGCGGCUCAUGACAACGACUUUGGCACCAACGCAGCCAUCACCUACUCCAUGUCCUCAGAGCAGCCCGAGUACCUGCAGGUGAACCCAGUCACUGGGUGGGUCUACGUCAACCAGCCCAUAUCACAGAGGACUUACAUCACACGUGACAUCAUAGCAACCGAUGGGGGAGGUCGAAACAGUUCGGUGGAGCUCGCAGUCACCAUCACCAAUGUCAAAAACCAGCCUCCACAGUGGGAAGAGGAGAGCUACAACGUUGUCGUCCCGGAGAACACUGCGAGAGACACGCCGAUCGUGACAAUAAAGGCCACGUCUCUGCUGGGUGAUCCGAGGGUGACCUACAACCUGGAGGAUGGGCUGGUCCCUGAGACCAACAUGCCAGUGCGUUUCUACCUCUCUCCCAACCGGGACGAUGGCUCGGCGUCCAUUCUGGUGUCAGAGCCGUUGGAUUAUGAGACCACACCUUUUUUCUCUCUCCGGGUCCGAGCUCAGAAUGUUGCGGCAGUGCCAUUAGCAGCUUUCUGCACAGUUUAUGUCAAUAUUACAGAUGUCAACGACAACGUGCCAUUCUUCACCUCCUCCAUCUACGAGGCCACGGUAACAGAAGGAGCCCAGAUGGGGACUGUGGUUCUGCAGGUGUCUGCACACGACAAAGACCUGGAUCUGAAUGGAAAGAUCACCUACUCUCUUUUGAGCGACAGCAGUGGUGACCACCAUCUGUUCCGCAUUGACCCAAAUCUUGGGGUCAUCUACACAGAAGCAGUGUUUGAUCGUGAGGCCCGCAGCUCCUACCUGUUGGAGGUUCAGUCAGAAGAUGGCCAGGAGUCAGCGAGGCCUGGCAAGAACAAACAGCCGAACUCAGACACAGCAUAUGUGAGGGUUUUCAUCAGCGACGUCAACGACAACAAGCCAGUCUUCGCUCAGCGACUGUAUGAGGUCGGCGUUGACGAGAAUGCAGAUGUGGGGCUUGCUGUUGUCACUGUCAGUGCUAAUGAUGAAGAUGAAGGAGCCAAUGCAAAGCUGCGCUACCAGAUAACAUCUGGUAACAAGGGUGGUGUUUUUGACAUUGAGCCCGAGGUGGGGACAAUCUUCAUUGCGCAACCUCUGGACUAUGAGCAGCAGAAGAGGUACAAACUUUUGGUCCUCGCUUCCGACGGGAAAUGGGAAGACUAUGCUGCGGUGGUGGUAACGGUGGUGAAUAAGAACGAUGAGGCACCAGUCUUCUCCAUGAACGAGUAUUAUGGGUCUGUCACAGAGGAGCUGGAUGGGUCGCCCAUAUUUGUGCUACAGGUGACGGCCACUGACCCUGACAAAGACGCAGACCAAGGUGCCAUACGGUAUUCCAUUCAUGGUCAAGGGGCAGAGUCACACUUUAUGAUCAACGACAUUACAGGGGAGAUGUACGCACAGCACACCAUGAACCGAGAGGAGCGUGCCGUCUGGCGCUUUGUCGUCAUGGCAACAGAUGAAGAGGGCGAGGGGCUGACUGGCUUUACAGAUGUAAUUAUUAAUGUGUGGGACAUAAACGAUAAUGCUCCUAGCUUCUUCUGUGCCCCGGAUAAUUGCCACAGUAGCGUGGCAGAAAACUCCCCACCUGGAACAUUUGUUGUGGAAAUGACAGCAGUAGAUCUGGACGACACCGCUGUGGGCCAGAACGCUAUCCUCACGUACAGGAUUGUUGAGAAUUCCCCCAACGCACACAGUCUUAACCUCUUCAGUAUCGAUUCCAGCACUGGCACCAUAUCUGUAGCAGCAGAAGGCUUGGAUCGGGAGCUCGUUGACCAACACCAUUUGGUAGUGGAGGCACGGGAUGGUGGUGGUAUGACUGGCACUGCUACUGCCACCAUACUGGUGACAGACAUUAAUGACCACGUCCCAAAGUUCAAAGACGAAUGGUGCGGCGCCCGUGUGCUAGAGGGCACUGAUGAAGACGCUUCUGUUUUAGAGCUGAGUGCUGUGGACCCUGAUGCUGGUAGGUACGGGCAGCUGAAGUUCAGCAUUGUGGAUGGAGACCCAGAUCAGCACUUCUACAUGGUGAGCCACAGACUGGAGCAGAAGGGAAUCCUGAGACUGAAGCACAAACUGGAUUAUGAGAAACCAGGGAAGCAGCGGUUUAACCUGACUGUCAAAGUGGAGGACUCUGACUUCUCCAGCUUUAUCCACUGUGUUGUACAAGUGGAGGAUGAGAAUGAUAAUGCACCCGUGUUUGCCACACGCUCCUAUCAGCUUGAUCCUUUACCUGAGGAUACAACUGUAGGAACCAGUAUUAUUCAGGUUUUGGCCACUGACUCUGACUCUGGAACUAAUGGUGACAUUUUUUACAGCAUUCUUCCUCAGUCUGACCCAUAUAGACAUUUUGCAGUCAGUCAAGAUGGAGUAGUCACAGUCUCCAGCCCCUUGGACAGGGAAUCGGUGUCUGCCUAUGAGCUUGUCAUCAUUGCAUCAGACCGGGGUUCUCCGUCGUUGACUGGCGCUGUCACAAUUUACCUGCCACUCCUAGACAGGAACGACAACGGACCAGAGCUGGAGACAGCCUACGCUCCUGUACUCUGGGAGAACAGUCCACCACCUCAAGUGGUCUGGCUUAACAGGACCUCAAAACUGCUGUAUGUUGUGGACAGGGACUCUGCAGAACACGGGCCUCCUUUCCUCCUGUCCCUGUCCUCACGAUAUUCCGCAGACUUUCACCUACAGGAUCACGAGAACAGCUCUGCCACACUAACUGCCCUGCGGAGAUUUGACAGGGAACGGCAGAAGGAAUUCCACUUGCCAUUGGUAAUGAUUGACAGCGGCGAUCCACCACUGACAGCUACAAACACACUAACAAUCAUCAUCGGUGACCAGAACGAUAACGCCCAUCGGGCCGGAGAGAAGGAUAUUUACGUGUACAACCGUAAGGGAAGGAUGACAAAUGCAGUUCUUGGGAUGGUGUAUGCCCCAGAUCCCGAUGACUGGGACAACAAGACCUACACUCUGGAGACAACUGCAGCAAAAUACUUCAGUCUAAACCAAAACACAGGAAUACUGACCAUCAGACAGAACACCCCGCCUGGUAGCUACUGGUUGAGGGUCGAGGUGUCUGACGGUGUGUGGCCCGAUGUGGUGUCCGGGGUCAGAGUUCACAUUAGGGAGCUGGACGAAAAGGCCAUGUCGUCCUCCGCCUCGCUGCGUUUGACAGGCAUUACAGCGAGAGACUUUAUUGAUUCUCCAAUCGAGGUGAAGAGUCGGCUUGAGAUGUUUUGGGAGUUCCUGUCUGAAACGCUGUCCGUCAGACCGGGGAGUAUCAACAUUUUCAGCAUAGCAGACAGAGGAGAACGAACCGUGGACAUUCAUUUCUACGUGCUAACUGAUAAUGGCUACCAACACCCGGAGAAACUGCACGCUGUCCUCGCCGCACAUAAAAAGAAGCUGCAGUCAGUGCUGCAUGUGAACGUGAGUCAGUUGCAGGUAGAUGAGUGCUUGCACACAGACUGCAAGAAAUCCAGAGGCUGCUCCACACAGCUGAGCAUCGGUGACUCGUCCACCCUGCUAGACUCUGGCCCUUUUUCCCUGGUCUCAGUGAGGGUGACGUCCUCGGCUGUCUGUGGUUGUUCUGCUAGAGAAAUGACCCACCAACCCUGCUCCUUCUACGCCACUAACCCUUGCCUCAAUGGGGGGACCUGCAUUGAUACACAGAAUGGAUACAGAUGCCACUGUCCUCCACAGCUAGAGGGGCCUGACUGUCAGCAGACAAGACUCAGUUUCCUUGGUGACGGCUAUGCCUGGUUUCCCCCCAUAAGGUCGUGCUUUGAUAGCCAUAUUUCACUUGAGUUUAUGACGGGGGACGACGAUGGUCUGCUAUUGUAUGCUGGCCCAGUAGCCACUCUCAUGCCUGGAGAUGCUGAGGACUCUAUGGCUCUAGAGCUGAUUGGUGGGAUACCCAGUCUGAAAAUUAAUCAUGGUUCGGGGACACUGGUUCUCCAGUUAAAUAACCCUGGGGUAUCUGACAGGCGCUGGCAUCGGCUGGAUGUGAAGAGCAACAGUAAGGAAGUGCGCUUCACCCUGGAUCAAUGUUCAAGUGCCAUUGUUAUGGAAAGUGAAGGCGUGGACUCAUGGGCUAUGACAGAAGACCGCUCGUCCUGUGAAGUCCGUGGGGUCACUCCAAACAAGGACAAGUAUCUGAAUGGGAGUUAUGUAUUACAGCUCGGAGGGGUCAGUGAGAACAUAUCUUAUGAAUAUCCACAGUUGCAGCACAAACACUUCACUGGCUGUAUAAGGAACCUGCUCGUGGACAGCAAGCUCUAUGACCUUGGCUCACCAGCUGAAUCCCUCAAUACCGUGCCAGGCUGCUCUCUUAUUGAUGACCGGUGCACCAACACAGGGCAGCGUUCCUCCUGUGGCAAGAGGGGCCACUGUCAUGACGAGCGGGGUUCUUUCAGCUGCCUUUGUGAGCUCGGGUUCACAGGUCCGCGGUGUGAUCAAGUGGCACCAGAGUUUUCUUUCGACGGCCGGAGCCACAUCCAGUUCCAGCUCUCGUGGUCUCCCCCAGCCCGUCAGACCAGAGUUCAGCUGGGUGUGCGGACACGGUCUGCUGCCGGUGUCCUCUUCAGUCUCCACUCCCAGGAGCAGAAUGAAUAUCUACGUUUGGAGGUUGUGCAGGGUCUCUUGGCGGUCUUCUACAACCUCGGUGAUGGCAACUACAACAUUUCUCUGCCCUACUAUCGUCUGGACGACGGGGACUGGCAUGAAGUGCAGUUGGAUCGAUACGGGAGAGAGUUCACGCUGUAUCUAGAUGGUGGUGGAGGGCGUCGACAAGUCACAGCCUCUCCUGGUCGGAGCCAAGAAAUCAUAAUUGAUCCAUCGCUGGUGAUGAUUGGAAACUCUUUUCCAUCAGGACACAACCGAAGUUUCCUCGGUUGUUUGCGAGAUGUGUGGUUUAACAGCCACCGCAUUUCCCUGGAUGGAGAGCAACUUUCAGAGGAUCUUCACGUGGUCACUUCACAGGGCGUCUCUGUCGGCUGCUCUUCAGAAGCCUGUCGGAAACAUCAUUGCUCACCUCCCCUGGUCUGUGUGGAUCUCUGGAGACAUCACGAAUGCAGGUGCCCUGCAGGCCACUUGACCAAAGAAAGCCCCCUGGGCAAAGUGUGUGUCUAUACGUUGUGCGCGAGCCGGCCGUGUCGCCAUGGCACAUGUGUGGCGCACUCUCCGUCCCGCUACACGUGCCAGUGCACGGAGGGUUACCGUGGACGUCACUGCGAGGUGACGCUCGCCAUGUUCCACGAGGACGGCAACAGCCUCAGCCUCAGCUCCAUGUUUGCCAUCAGCAUCUGUGUCCUGGCCUUCCUAGUGUUGAUGCUCGGCCUGUUUCUCUACUCCUGCUGGAGGAGACACAAGGGCCUGAAAGAGGGGGUGUACCAUGUGUCCGCGCACCACGGCGAGUGGGAGGACAUCCGGGAAAAUGUCCUCAACUAUGAUGAAGAAGGUGGAGGCGAGCAGGAUCAGAAUGCCUUCAAUAUGGUGGAGCUGCAGCGCUCCCUUCAGCCCAGCCCGGCACAGUCGCUCCGCUACAGCUACCCGCACAGCAUCACCUCCUACCCACAAACGAAGCUUCCCCAGGACGGCAACAAGAAGGAGGUGUGCGGCGGGAGCGGGAGCGGCAGCGCAGCUAUAGCUUUGCGUCUGGCCAUCCCUCCCACAGAGGCCGAGAGCCUGCCUUCUCCUCUCACCUUCAGACGCAACCAGAAAACCCUCUCCUUCUCCAGCCAGGACUUGGCUCGCUACCUGUGCGAGGUCAUCAGGGACAUGGAGCACCCGAAGGAGCUCGGCACCAUGACCACGCCUCGCCGUCCCUCUGGGAAGGAGCGAGGCGUGGCGGCCGUGCGCUCCCUUUCCUCUCUCAGUGCAUCUCAGGGUUCAGAGGUCAAGCUCACGGAGGGCCAGAGCAGCCGUUCUGACAGAUUCAAAACCCUCCGAGCUGUGGUUUGUGAUAUGAGAGGAGACUGCGAGACAGCCGAGGGCCAGAGAGACACAGCCGAGGAGAGCAGAGGGCAGCUGAACUGUGAGGAGAGUGAGUAAGUAUAGAGCGUCCUCCGAGGAACUGAACUGAAGGUUUCGGGAAACCAAAGCUAAUCAGAAAGUGAUGGUGAAGGUCCACGGGGUAUAAUUAAACGUGAACUAUUCAGCCACUGGGAGGUUGCUCCGGGUGUAUGUGUAGUCUGCUCUAAGUGUACUGUAUUGAUGAAAUUCUGAACACUUUAGUUAUUUGAUGUGUUGUUUAUUUGGCAUUGCACUGUACAGUAUUUAUUCCUUAAAAAAAGCACUUUUUGGAGGCUUAACGUGUCAAAACUACUUAUGUCAACAAAAAAAAAAGAAGGAAAUGUGUGCAAGCGAGAAGGCAAAUGGGAUUUUUGUGGGGAAAAAAAAUUCUUUCAGCUAUGUAUGAUUUUUCAAAUGAACUUUCGUGGGGGGAAAUAUGACUUUGUUUCAUUUGUAAUAUCUAUUUCCUUUUAAAAAAAUAAUAAAUAUCUUUGAUAAUAUUCCAUGGUUGAUGUCGAUCAAAUAGGAGAUAGCUAAUUUGAAGUCUACGCAGACUUAAAGGCUUAGUAAUGAUGUACAAAUACAAAACCUCCCUUUUUUGUCGCCGUUCUUUUAUGUACCCGUGCUGCAGAUAAUUAUUGAGAGAAAACGUCACAACACAGGUGCACUUCCUGUUAACUAUCAUCAGAAGUGAAGCUCUGACAGUAGAACAAAGUCAAUUUCAGGAUUAAUCAUUCAUGUCCCGAGCCCGUAGCCUCCUGACCUGAGCUUCUGGGAGUCUUGGGCUGAACUCCGAAGGGUUUCCCAGCAGACUGCACAACAGCACACUUAAUUGGCUGCUAUCACUGGAGUUAAACAGCUGUGACAGCGGAGCGAGUCACGGGGGACGACCGCAGAGGCUGAUGGUCCUCAUGUCUGUGUCCUGUCUGUCCGCACACCUACAUAAGGCGGUACGGAGUAGAUGGCUUUCAAAGCCCUGUUGGAUUUUAAUGGAGCAGCUCUUAAAGUGCGUAAUAAUCAGCUUCACAGGCUUUGAUGUUGAACGCACGAAAGCUCUGCGUGUGAGAGCAGAGAACACUGCUGCUGUCAUGCUACGGUGGAGCUACCUCUCUUUAUGACUGCUAAUAGUCUUACUAAAUUAUAUCUGAUUUAAUCCAGUUAAGUUGUCUCAGAGGCAAACAUGCUCUGUGAAUGCACACUGCCACCUACUGGUGAGGUUGUAGCACCACAUAAGUAGCUCACCGCAGCAGAUCUAA